AUAGAAUUGGCGGGGAAGCCCGCAAAACCCCACACUUAUUUAGGUAUGCUACCCUUUAGGGGGUGUUGCCCAGUGUCUUCAAUGUCAGAUCCUGAACACCGCCUGCAUUCAUACCAGGGAGAACGCUAUUCUCAGCGUUACCACAGAGACUACCGCUCAAGUCGUUGAUCUUUUUCCAAUGCGUCCGCUGCGGCUGGCCGACUUGGGUUCUCUGCGAGCAAGAUGAUGUCGACCAUCAAGCGCAAGCAGUCGAACACCGAGAUAUCCGAUGAUGGGCCUAGGGCCAGGAGAGCAAGCAACGUUCUAGGUUACAACGCCCAUAGCCCAUGGCUUCAGGACUCUACAUUCUCUGCGAGCAGGAGGUCAGUAGGGAACCGCGCACAUGCGCCUUCUUUGCCGCUGGCCAAUAUGGUCACAACUGUGCAGGAAUUGAUUGAUCCGGACUUCGAUCCGCUCAUUGCCAUCCUCGACGAAGAACCGCGCUUUCUAAAACCACUACCAGACCGAGUGCCGCCAGAGGACUUGGAAUUUCUCCGCUUUCGAGGCGCCCUCUCGAUCCCUGAGAGCGGAUUACGCACAGAACUCCUGCGUUGUUAUAUCAAGUGGGUGCACAGCUUUUUGCCUCUGUUAGACUUGCAGGAGUUCUUACGAUGCAUUGCCGAAAACGAUCCGAAUGGGAAUAUCAGCCUGCUUCUAUUUCAGGCUGUGAUGUUCGUCGCGACUGCUUUUAUAGAUUUUAAGCAUCUGCAGUCUGCGGGGUACACAACCAGGAAGAGCGCACGAAAUGCAUUCUACACACGACUCAGGCUUUUAUACUCCCUCGACUGCGAAGACGACCGCAUAGUGAUUGUACAGACUCUCCUUCUGAUGACUUAUUGGUCGGACCACAUGAAUAGCCCGCAGAGAGACAUAUGGGACUGGAUUGGAAUCUGCAGCACACAUGCCCACUCUAUAGGGUUGAAUAGGGAUCCGUCAUUUUCUGACAUGGAUAAGAGAACUAAACAAGUAAGAACUCGGCUGUGGUGGUGUUUGUUUUCCCGUGAUCGGCUCAUUGCGAUGGGAUUAAGGCGUCCAACACAGGUUAACGAGGGUACAAGCAACCUUCCGAUGCUGCGGUUAGAAGAUUUUGACUUUGACCCAUUCCAUCCGGCAGUAAUUGAGCAGUUUCGCUGUCGCCAACUGGAGGACAGUACUCAUCAGAAACGUCUUGCCACGAUGUUCAUUGAGAAGACCAAGUUGUGCCAGUGUAUUGGCCGAGUGCUCUUUGCCCAAUAUACUCCCUCACAAUAUCAGUUCGGCGUGACAAACCGAACAACUAUUAACCUAGUUCCUAGACACGCAUCGGAAUCGGAACUAUCGCGGUGCAGUCAGCGUCUCGAGUCAUGGCUUACAGCCCUGCCUAAGGAUGUUCAAUUCAUCCCCGCGUCAAGGUCCAAUUUCAGCGACGGAGAGGAUGUCCUUCUCCUCCAUGGCGCCAUGGUACGAAUGCUCUACCAUGCCACUAUUAGUACCCUUCAUCGUCCAUGGGCAUUUGGUCUAGCCAAAGACCAAACAAACUCCUCGCUUAGAUUAGCAAACAUUGCGCGAAAUAAGAUACACGAAGCCGCUAUAGGGAUCACCAAUAUCAUCCAAGGCUUGAACAAGCUCAAUCUCACACGAUAUCUCCCACAAUCCGGAGUAACGGUCAUUCUACCGGCCGCUGUGGCGCAUUUAGCCAACUCCAUGUCCAACGAUCCGACUCUUCGUGAACGCAGCAUCAAUAACUUCCAGCAAUGCAUUCAAGUCCUCCAGGGACUAAAGGACAUUUAUCCCGCGGCUGACAUGGAGGUGGCUAACAUCGAAGCCGCCGUGAAAGCCCAUCCAGAAAGCACAAAUGCUCUCCUCCAGAUUAUGCAAGUUAAUAGCCCUGCUGCCCCUUCGCAAAGCCAGGACGCGCCGCGCCAACCCAGCUCUACAUCAAACCCUCCCAUUCCUCACAAUAAUACAUCUUCGUCUUCCGAGGGUGUCCACGUCCCCAACCAAUGGACCCCCCUUAGCGAAGAAACAGACCCCGCAACUAAAUCCAGCACAAGGCAGCUAGACUUCGAAACCCCCUUAGCUCAACAAACAUCCCCCACAAACCCACUCCUAAAGAAUAGCACCGUGAACGCGCCCCAAACCCACCCCAAACAAGUACAACCAACACCGCCUGACGACUUCACCGAUCCCCUCAUCUUCACCGAUCUUCUCCAAUUCGAUGUCGACAUGGUUACUUCCACCUUCUCUCCUCCUGAUCCCAACCCCCCCGGUGCUGCCGAAUUCGAACUAGAUUGGACAACCGAACUACUGCAAUGGGUCGACGCCAACCCGGAGUACUACUCUAGUGUGACUGCAGAUGCACCGAAAGAUCUUUUCUCGUUUGCUGCCAGACGUGAUCAAAGCCCACCACCGGGAUAUAGAUAUAGCCAUGCAGGCGGAAAUAUAACCGGAGAUCUAGAUCGAGACUUGGGAUUGACGUGUUCCGGCGACGAAAUGUAUUAGGAUGUAUUUGCGAGCAUGUACGUACGUAUUAUUUGCGACUCCCCGCGUUUGUUUGAUACAAUAUUAGCACAUCAGUGGAAAUGUAAAGAGUGAUUUCUUGAUAAAAAUCAAACAGAAAAACGAAU